GUUCAUCACUGCUCAUCUCUGGCUCACUUAGGUAAGUGCUCCUCUGUUUUUGGCUCUGUGUCUCUGGCAUUAAAAUGGGCCAAGAUCGACUAGGAAAUUUGUUAUCCUGAAUUGAUAAGGGGACGAAAUCUGAGCUUCCAAUUGCAAACUCUAACUGUUGUAGUAGUUUAGAUUAGGUGUGAUAUAACAUAAACUUUGUAUUUUAUACACAAGAAGCUCUCUCCAGUUGUGCAGCCUUUAAAAGUUAAGGCCUUGGGGAAAAAUUCCACCUUUUACCCGUUAGAAAAAUUAAAAAGGAAAAAACUUGUUAAAAUGAAAAUUUUACCUCCUUGUCCGUGGAGAUUCUCAAUCUUUGGUGCACAUCUAGUGAAAGUACGGCUCCAGAAGUUGUACCUAGGAUUCUGGAUAUGAAUUUUCUGCAAUGUGUAAAAGAGAAACAUCUAAUGGCUUUCGGGGGUUGGUAGUUGCUGAACUAUAAAGAUUGGUUUUAUAUAUUCUCUUAAUUUGCUUCAGGUUUAUUUUUUUUAAAUAAUAGAUGAAUUCGGUUAGACCGAAUUCAUUACCGUUUUCGAAUUUGAAACCGGGUACCGCAUGAAUUCGGUAAUGCCCAAUUCGAAAUUGAAAACGGUUUAGAUUUCUAUAGGUGCAAUAACCGAAAAAACCGAAUUCAGCGCACUGAUUUACCGCAUUUGCACCGAAUGCUCACCCCUCCUUUCUCUAUAGCACAAGGGUAGUUAUAAAAUGUUGCCAUCAAAUCACCAAAAAAGGUUAAACAUUGGGACUAAAAUAACAUUGUUCGCAUAAAUAUUGACAAUUAAGGGUAAAUUAUGUAUUAAAUGUAGUUUGAGGGUGCGUGUUGCAAUUACAGUAAAGUGAAACGCAUAAAGUCACCAACGUUUCUUCUUUUAUCUUUCAUUCUCUCCCUCCAAGCCCCACGUCCUGUUACUUUCCCUCCGUUGCCGUCUUCAGCUCUUCCUUCGCUGCCGUAGCCGCAUCGUUCCUCCCACCGCUACGCUACUCUCUGGCUCCUUAACACGGUUGGUUUUACCUACGAAGAAGAAGAAGAGGAAGAAGGGGCAAGACCUACGAAGAAGAAGAAGAAGAAGAAGAAGAAGAAGAAGAAGAAGAAGAAGAAGAAGAAAGUAAAAGGGAGUUGGGAAGAUGAGAGGAGUUCAAUUGUCAUUGAACAAGACCCAGAAGCUUAGACUGGAAACAGCACUUGAGAAGUUGGAAUCCCUUUCCUCCACCACCAGCAACAAUUCCAAUGCCUCCGUCACAGUCGCCGACACCAUUCCCAUCAAUUACGAAGACGGCGUUCUCAAGGGGCAUGGGACGUCGGAGAUGGAUGGCCGGGUGGUGGCAACCAUCUGCGGAGUGGUGGAGCGCGUGAAUAAGCUUGUCUAUGUUCGUGCUCUCAGGGCAAGGUACAAGCCUGAGAUAGGUGAUAUUAUUGUUGGCCGUGUUAUCGAGGUGGCUCCUAAGCGUUGGAGAUUGGAGAUCAAUUUCAGCCAAGACGCAGUAUUGAUGCUUUCUUCAAUGAACUUGCCUGAUGGCAUCCAGAGGCGCCGAACUGCAGUCGAUGAACUCAACAUGCGCAGUAUAUUUGAAGAGAAUGACAUUGUUUGUGCUGAAGUCCGUGGUUUCCAGCAUGAUGGAAGUCUGUACCUACAAGCAAGAAGUCAGAAGUAUAGAAAGCUUGAUAGAGGUCAAUUACUCAGAAUCUCCCCUUAUUUGGUGAAGAGGCGUAAACAACAUUUCCACCACCUAGACCAGUAUGGAGUUGACUUGAUACUUGGCUGUAAUGGAUUCAUAUGGGUUGGUGAACAUGUUGAAGCCAAAGAUGACAUGGUAGUGGAUCAAAUGAUCAAAUCCGAGCAAGAAAAUGCCAGUUUAAGUGGUUCAGUCAGUUCCUGUGAACAAGAACAAAGUCACACAUCAGUAGAGAUUAGGCAACAUAUAUGUAGAUUAGCGAAUGCAGUCAGAGUACUAUCCACUCUAGGUUUCAUGGUUACUGUGGAAUUGAUAACUGAGUUAGUUGAUUUGAGCAUCUCGCAUAAUCUCAAUAUACAUGAGAUGCUUGGGGCAGAAUUUUACGUCAUUGUUGCUGAGAAAGAAGCUGAACGUCGAAGCCUGGCAACUAAAAAGAGAUGAAAUCCUGACCCUGUAGUUUAAUAUUAGUGUCUGAUUUAUAAAUGCCUAUAACAGGUGGCAAAAGCCAUCUCUCCAAAGAGAGAGAGAUAGAGAAAAGAGAUUCAGUUUGUUGCAGUCAUCUUUGCUUAUAACUAAAUUUAAAUGUGUUCUCUGUUGAGAUAUUUUUGAACCAUUGACAGAUUUGUUAGCGUCAAAUUACUAAGGCAAUGAAGACUAGUUUCUUUGAUAACA